CCCCUUUUCUUCCCCCCUGCCCGACAUGCCUCCCUCAGAUAUCUCAGUUUCUCAUUUUAUCCGCAUGUUCACUCUCUCACUCUUACGGGAGUUUCCAAAGCAAGGUGGGUUAGAAUCGGCCUUACUCAUCUACUUUGAUCAACCGCAACCAGAGCGACCCGCAAGGCACAAUGCCAGUUUAUUAAUACAACCUGCACCUUCCAUCUACGAGAUAAAAUACCUGUUUGUUCGACCCGAUUCCAAACGCUACCAGACGUUUAACUUCGGGAUAAUAAAAGAUAGUUGUUGCGCCCUUUCGUCGACCCUUCCCCGAGUCUGGACGUAACAUAAGAUAUACAAUCAAUCUUCAGAUUUGAAAUGUUCAGUGAAUUCUCAAACGUUAAAACGGACCAGGACGUACCACCGUUCAAAUAGAUCAAGAUCAAUUAAAAAUGUUGUAUGAUGACGGAUGGACAGUAAGUGAGAUGAAACAUCUUGGAUGUUCAAAAAAAAAUGUCUAUCAGAAGUUAUAUUCUUUAAAUAUGCCUAUACGUGCACGAUAUGCCCAAAUUCCUGACGAUGACUUAAAAUUGGAAAUUGUAAAAAUCCACGAAGAGCAUCCAAAUGCUGGACAAACGAUGGUACAAGCGUAUUUAAAAGCAGCAGGUUUUCAUGUACAAAGAUAUAAAGUGAGACAAGCUUUAAAUGAAAUCGAUCCCAUAGGAACAGCGAGUAGAUGGAGUCAGUCUAUCAAGAGGAGGACUUAUAAGGUAGCAACACCAAACUCCUUAUGGCAUAUGGAUGCACAUCUAAAACUCUCCAGAUGGGGCUUCGUAAUUCAUGGUUGUAUUGAUGGGUACUCUCAGCUGAUAAUUUAUUCGAAAUGCAAGACUUCUAUUCAAGCCGAACCUGUCGUGACUUUGUUUGCAGAAGCCGUAGGCAGCUAUGGAUUACCGUCGCGAGUACGGUCAGAUCAUGGUUAUGAAAAUAUUUUUGUGGCUUUUUUGAUGAAUACGAUUCUUGGCUUGAAUAAAGGAAGUCACAUUACUGGAAAAUCCGUCCAUAAUCAGAGGAUAGAAAGAUUAUGGAUAGACGUUUUUAAAGAAGUGUGUGAUUCUGUUUAUUCUGAAUUAUACGCUCUGGAGAACGACAAUCUUAUGGAUGUGAAUAAUCUUGUACACAGGUUUUGUAUACAGUAUGUAUAUAAGAAGGUUAUUGAUAGACGACUGAUAUCAUUCCAGUCUGCAUGGAAUGUCCACAAUUUGAGAACAGAAAAUAAUCGCUCACCCCGUCAGCUAUGGCUCGAAGGAAUGUUGCAAAAUUAUAAUACAACUUCAACCGCAGUUCAGGAUGUUUUCGAAACCAAUAUGAAUCUACACGAAAGGCUUUCUAAAUCCUUGAGAAUAUUAGGAGUAGAUGUUUCUACUCCUAUAAUAAAUCAUGACAAUAUUGAUUCCUUUUCAUCGAAUUUUACUGCAUCGUUAGACCUAAAUGAAGUGCAAAAAAAUGCAUCUGGAAAAUAUCAUAACUUUGGAUAAAUCAGAUCGCGAGAAGUACACAUUAUGUGUUGAUUUAUUGAUGAGUUGACUUUUCUAUCUUGUCAACGCAAGUGAAAUAUGCAUUUAUAAGUUUUGUUAAUCUAUCACUGACCAAUAAAAUUCACUCAUAAAAACUUAUAUUCUAUCAUUUAAGCUUUCAGCAGUUUUUUCCUCAUAAAUUAAAGGGAACAUUGCAUUCAUUGAAUAGAUAUUCUUCAAAUUUUUAUUAUUCUUCACUCCGUACAUCUUAUUGUUUGAUACAGUCGCGUAAAAAAAUAUGUUGUAUUUCGAUACUGUUUGUAAUUAUUGUUGUAUGUCUAAUUAUUGUUGUAUGUAAUAAAAUAAACGUAUAUCAUUGCUUCAUAAUUCCAUACAUAACUUAAAAUGACUUUUCCUCUUUGAUAAUAAUAAAAUAAACGAAUGUUAUAACAAAACAAAUAUCAUAAUAAUUAAUGGUAAUAAUAUUAGUAGCAGGAACAUUGUCAAAAAACUUCAUAACCUCAUACAUAACUUAAAAUGACUUUUCCUCUUUGAUAAUAAUAAAAUAAACGAAUGUCAUGACAAAA